AAAAAAAUGAAAUCAACAUAGCAACACUCUGCUGCUAAGUCACACAAAAAUACCAAAAUCAAUUUCAAAGCCAAUUAUUUUGAAAACAAACAAAAAACCAAAAGAAAAUAUUUUAAGAAAAAUUAUAACAAAAAACAAAACGGAUAAAACAAAAUACAUACCCCAUGUCAACGAGAACAACGAAAGCAAUACCUUAAUCUGUGAAACAUUUUUGAAAAAAAUAAAAGAAGCAACAAUUCUUGUAAAAAGGAGCGACUACUUCAAGACUUUUACGUUUUCUGUUUCUCCUUCUUUUUAUAAAUUGAAUCUUUUGUUGAAAGCAAAGCUUUGAAAACCUUCAAUGGAAGAAUUAUCUCUCAGUGUUUGAAACGAGUCCCCUCGACGAGCAGCCAAUUUUAAUGGAAUCGAAAAGAACACCAGCCAAGUAUGACAGAAUUUGUUGAGUGGACAACAGCACGUUGGACAAAGAACGGCAUCUAAAGAUAAACACCAAAAAAGGUUAUUCCAUUCAUGACCCUUUCAAAAGAAGUUGGAAAUAAUUCUGUUCUCCGGAAUAAAGAGAAACGGUGCCACCAAACCGAAGUGAAACAACACCGUCCCGUCUAAGGAAAGGAUAAAGGAAUUGAACACAAAAAGGGUCAAUACCACAAAAAUGUCUGUGGAGUGUAUGCCGGCUACGAGUAAAAUAGUGUUAGCCAAGAAUUCUGCGGCAUCAGCAUACACGCCAACGACCAAUGCCACCUUUACCGUCUCCACAGCAGCAACAGCAACAACAACAGUGCCAUAUCCAACGGCCAUCAUUGCGAACCCUCAACUGCAACACCUCCAGCAACGUUCGCCUCAAUCACACCAGUCAAACUUCGUUGUUAGCCAAAGUGGUCGACGAGGAACACAAAAUGCAAAACGUCAACAUCAACAGCAGCAACAGCAACAGCCAUUGGCCGUUCAACAUCAACAAGAUUUACAGCUCGAGCAGCAGCCAAGAAGCCAGCAAUUACAACAAACCGCCACCAUUUACAUUGUUAAAAAAUCCACGGAUUUGUACAACCCUCGGCGUCUAGGUGCUACUGCUGCUGCUGGUGCAGGCGAGAAUACCACGGCGAAUAGCAAUAGCAACGGUGGCCGCACAACAAAUGGCGGCAUUGUGGUUAACGACAGCAUUAAUAAAAAUUCCUCACAUCAAUCUUUGGCUAACAAUUUGCCACCACCGCCUUUGGUGGCUUUCUCGCCGCGGGCCACGAACAACGAAUGUGUUACGUUAAUCAGUGACGAAGAUGAUGUGAAGUUGUGCGAACGCCUCGAGUGGUCGGCGGCCCAGUCACUGGUGGAGAUGACAACAAAAGACAAGCAUCGUCGCAACAGCAACAGCAGCUGCGCCAGCAGCAUUUCUAGUGGGAACAGUAAUCACAGUUCAAAUAGUGUGGCGGCUAGCAACGGCAACAAGAUCAGCAAAAACAACAACAGCAACAUCACCUAUAAAAAUGAUGCCCACAAAGAACAAAUAAUGGCAGCCAGCAAAAUAGUCCAAAAGUAUGGUGGGCGCAGCGCCGCCGAGGAUGGCAGCAAAGUGAUAUUCUAUGCCCCACCAGCUGGUGGUCUAAGCUCCUGCUCUCCCUCUUCAACCUCCUCGGCCGCCAAUCAGCAACGCAACGGGGCCAAUCACAAAACCGUCAUUAAAAUUGAGAAUUCCAGUGACAAUCCAGAGGUGUCGCAUUUAUAUCGCGAACGCAGUAUCGAAGAAACUGAGGCUGCCCAUGACUUGUUGUCACUUUCUCAGAGUUUACCGCCCCUCACACCGCCGUGUGUGGUCACCAUAAUGCAUCAGGAUAGCAGUGCUGGCGAUGUGAAAUCGCGCCACCAUCCCCACAUGCAGGAGAUAUCAAGUUCUUCCAAUCCAAGCAACAAACCAAUACAUUGUGCCGCCGUCAUACAACCCGAUAAUCUGAACGUCUUCAUCGAUACCGACCAAAAUCCCAUGGCAAUGGCCAACUCAAAGAUACGUUACAUAAGCAGUUCAUAUGAUCACCAUGGCCCGCAUAAUGUGGGCGUGGCAGGCAACAAUUGUUCUCCACUGACACCGCCCAAUUCCGAUCAUUCAUCGGAUAUUGAUAUCGAUAUGUCUUCCUCAUCGGAAUCCGGCCAUUCACAACCGCCUCAUCCGGGAACAAUGCAUGGUGUGUGGCGUUCCGAAUUUAUGCCCGACAACGGCAAGGCCGAUUUAAAAAUCAGUCUCAACAUUAUCGAUGGUCGCACCAAGGCCUGCAAGAAACGGGCCGGAGACCAACAGGCGACCAAAUCGGAGUCGACGAAAAAAUCAAAACGUGGCUGUUACAAAUGUUCGGAGUGUGGCAAGCAGUAUGCUACAUCCAGCAAUUUGUCGCGUCACAAGCAGACACAUCGCUCGCUCGACUCUCAGUCGGCCAAGAAGUGCAACACCUGUGGCAAAGCCUAUGUCUCCAUGCCCGCCCUGGCCAUGCAUUUGUUAACGCACAAACUGUCGCACAGCUGUGAGAUUUGUGGCAAGUUGUUUUCGCGCCCCUGGCUUUUGCAGGGCCAUUUGCGUUCGCACACCGGCGAAAAGCCCUAUGCCUGUGUUCACUGUGGCAAGGCUUUUGCGGAUCGUUCCAAUUUGAGGGCACACAUGAUGACCCAUUCGGUGGACAAGAAUUUCGAAUGCAAGCGUUGCCACAAAUCAUUUGCCUUAAAAUCAUAUUUGAAUAAACAUCUUGAAUCGGCCUGCAUCAAGGAGUCGGGGGGCAGUGGCCAGCAAUCGGGUGACGAUCAUGACGAUCCAAAUAAAAUUGAUGAUGAUCAGUGUUUGAGUAGCAUGGCCGUGGAGUCGAUGUAUUCCAGUGAUGAAAAUGAUGAGGAUAUUAUUGUAGCUUAGGAAGAGGAGGGGGAGCGGGAGGCGGAGCAGGAUUUUAGUGGUAAGUCAGUUUGAGGCAAAAAUGCAUGACGUUCAAGUUGCUGAGAAGAUGGCGAAAGACAAAUGUGAAGAAGAAAUCUGGCACAUGUAUGACCAGAAUCAAACCCUACAACAAUUUCAAUUAAACAUCUGUAGUUUUAGAUUUAAAAAAACCAAGAACAACAACAACAAUACUCAAUAGUGAGAAUGAUAAAAAUUUGUUAUAAAAGAAACUUAAAGAAGAGCAAUUUCUAGUCAUAACUUUAAAGAUAAUAGUUUUUAAUUUUCAAUUUGUUUUCAGAUUUUAUGUAGUAUCCAGAUUGUUUGGUUGAAAGUUUUGCUUUUUUAAUGGCAUUUUUUUUUAAUUUCGAAUACUGUAAUACCAGAGUUAAAAUUUUGUUACGUGAACAUGAUCAAAAUACAGCCUAAAAUGCAGAGAUAUAAGAGAAAUAAGGCGAUCUAGUUAUAUAAGUAUGGCUUAACCAAUUAUUAUAUGUUUGGAUCGGCAUUCCGGUCCCUCUAUU